AUGUCUGAAGGCUACGACUGCUAUACACGGACGGUGCUCUGGAUGUACGACGUCCAAGUCCACUGGUUUAACGACAAUUUUGCCUGGCGAUGCCCUCGCCCGGUCCUGCAGGCCUUCUUUGAUGCCAACGCCGGCCCUCGCCAUAUGGACAUUGGCCCGGGAACAGGGCUCUUUCUGGCAGAGCACCGGGGCAAGAUGCAGAACAAGGGCGUGAACUGGCCCCAGCAACUGGCAUUUGUGGACAUGAAUCCCAAUUGUCUGCAAGCUGCCACCGCCCGCGUGAAUCAAUCAAUCAAUCAAUCCAUGGACACCUUCCGAUUCUCGGAGACCUGCGAGCUUUUAUCUGGGGCAGAAAGCACAUGUACCUUUGAAUCUGGGCUUUCUAGAGGCAAUACUCCGUGCGAUACGAGCGAGACUAAUUAG